CUUGUGACAGCAGAGACACGCAGAGAGCAAGAUUAGACGCCAUUCACCAGCAGCUAGCUUAAAAUUGCAGAAAGUAUGCUCAAACUGCAUAGAUUCCUGAAAUGAAGGUUGAAACAAGAUCACAUGCAUGAUGGGAAUUUCAACGUUUUUUCCUCUUCAUGUCCUCAUUCCAGUCAGGAGUUUCCAAAGGGUUCCAGAGAAGUGAGAAAGCACAUUCAAUGUCUGCUCAGCUUGGAGGGAUGAGUGAAUCUAAUGCUAAGUUGGUUACUUUCUUUGGUUGAUUCAACUUCAUCCUUGGGUUCUCAAUAUUCUGUGGUGGGAUGGUAUUUAAGGCUUUUUUUUUUGUCAAAGAUUCUCUCUACUUAUUUCAGCAUGAGCAUUCCGAGUGACAUCACUGGCUAUAAUGUCAUCUCCUCCUCUUUUCAAUUAAUAUUUUUCUUCAUCUACUCACCCGUUCAAACAAUUUUUAGAACGAAGUUAAAAGAGAGUAACGCCCAACUAAAUUGAUGUGGUUGAAUCACAUAGACUUUUAGUUGUUCGUUUAUCAAAAUCCUGUACAUAAUUAAAAAAAAAUUAUAAUGGUUUGUUAAACUUAUAUAUGUUCGACCAAAACUAAAAAUUUAUACAAAAUAUGAUUCAACAACAUCAAUCUCGUGAAUACGCUCCUUAUUCAGUUUCCUAAACUAGCCCAUUUAAAAAAAAGAAGCAAUUUACAAUAUUGAAGUUUACACAAAUCCAUUAGUUCAUGAUUCUAACUAUUAGUAUUGAAUUCUUUUGAAAUUCAAAUACAAAAUUUCUUGAUUAAAUCAUAUCAAUGCCCUAUUUUUGCUUGAGAUUGAAGACAAGAGAGACUCCAAUCUGGUGUUACCGGGCCAGGUUGUUGACUCUAAACUAGAAAGGGCUGUGCAAGUCCAUUGUAAUUGGGCCAAUUACUCGUUUCCUUUUCCCGGGCUUCCCGUUCAAUUAUGUAGACCUUGCAUACUUAAAUGUUUUGAAAGGGCUCAGUUGGACUGUAGUUUUUGGGCCUGACCUGCUUUAAAUUUUUGGGAACUGCCCGUCUGCCCGUGGCGGCAAACAAUGACCGGAUUCGGUACCGGCUACUGUCAGUUUAGGUAUAUCCGUUUACAUCACUGUCUAUCCCGUUUACACCCAUUGUACCAAGCCCCACGGCAGCCAAGAGCGAGUGACACCCACUCGCCCGCUUCACACGACUGGCUCUCUCGUCAGUAAAGAGUUCGUUCAGCGCGUGAACAGUACGCCUCUCCACAUUCACCUGGCGCUGCACAAGAUUGGUUUCAUCGGCGAAGCCAUAAAUGGAGUCUGGAGAACACAACUAAUCAUGAAAAUGGUUCAAUCGUCAACCAUCUAAAUCGAACUCUCCUCCAUCUUCUCCACUCUUUCCAUUUCGAUCGGGGGAAAAUUUUGUCCGCCAUGUCUAGUCGGACAUCCGAUCUCGUCGGCGAAGUCCAGGCAGGUCAUCAGUUCGAUCGCGCCGCCUUGUUCCGCUACGCUGCGGCGAACGUCGCCGGUUUCCCCGACUCGCCGCCUUCCACCUUCUCCGUCAAGCAGUUUGGGCAUGGGCAAUCCAAUCCGACGUUUCUGCUGGAAGCCGGCACCGGAGCCUCGUUGAAACGCUAUGUGUUGAGGAAGAAGCCUUCUGGAACUUUGCUGCCGUCUGCUCAUGCCGUCGAUAGAGAGUACCAGGUUCUUCGAGCUCUGGGGGAUAAUACGGGAGUUCCUGUACCGAAGGCGUUCUGUUUGUGUAUGGACCCGAGUGUGAUUGGAACUGCGUUCUACAUCAUGGAGUAUUUGGAAGGCCGCAUUUUCAUUGACCCUAAGCUUCCGGGGGUUGCACCUGCCAGCAGGAGGGCAAUCUAUCGAGCAACUGCUAGAGCAUUGGCUGCUAUGCAUUCUGCGAAUGUGGAUGCAAUCGGUUUAGGGAAAUAUGGACGCCGGGAUAACUACUGUAAAAGACAGGUGGAUAGAUGGGCUAAACAAUACAUGGCAUCGACUGGUGAAGGGAAGUCUCCAAGAUAUAUCGGGAUGUUCGAACUUUCGGAUUGGUUGCACAAAAACAUUCCUGAGGAAGAUUCUUCAGGGACAGCAACAGGACUGGUUCAUGGUGACUUCCGUAUCGACAACCUUGUGUUUCAUCCCUCUGAGGAUCGAGUGAUUGGUAUUCUGGACUGGGAGUUGUCCACACUUGGGAACCAGAUGAGCGAUGUUGCUUACUGCUGUAUGGCUCAUAUUGUAAACAUCGACCUUUCUAACGAACAAAUUGGUAAAGGAUUGGAAUACGACCUUCCUGAAGGGAUUCCUUCACAAGUAGAAUAUCUUGCUGAGUACUGUGCUGCAUCGGGAAGACCAUGGCCUGCCAGUAACUGGAAGUUUUAUGUCGCCUUCGCCAUGUUCCGUGGAGCUUCUAUCUAUGCCGGUGUCCAUAGUCGAUGGAUAAUGGGUAAUGCUUCUGGGGGUGAGCGUGCUCGCAAUGCUGGAAGACUGGCCAAUGGUCUUAUAGAUGCUGCUUUGGAGUUUAUAUCCAGGAGCUCCGUGCUUCCUGAACGCUCGCCAUAUGAUCCAGCCGCUCAUGAUGCUCAAGCCCUUAUGUCAGAAAGUGGGAGGUUUGUUCCUUCAAGAAAAGUGCUGGAACUGAGGCAAAAGAUAAUUAAGUUCAUGGAAGAACGCAUUUAUCCCAUGGAAAAUGAAUUCUAUAAACUUGCUCAGUCUCCCUCACGCUGGACAGUCCACCCUGAAGAGGAGAGGUUGAAGGAGCUAGCAAAGAAAGAGGGAUUAUGGAACUUGUUUAUACCUUUUGAUAGUGCUGAAAGAGCAAAGAAGCUAAUAUUCGAUGGGAGCAAUACUUUUCCCUCAAGUGAUGGUCAUCAUGAUCAAUUACUUGGAGCUGGCCUCUCAAAUCUUGAAUAUGGCUACCUGUGUGAGAUCAUGGGUCGUUCCAUAUGGGCGCCACAGGUUUUCAAUUGUGGUGCCCCUGACACUGGAAAUAUGGAGGUAUUGCUGCGGUAUGGAAGCAAAGAGCAGCAACUUAAAUGGCUUGUCCCAUUGCUUUUAGGGAAGAUCCGUUCAGGAUUCGCAAUGACAGAGCCACAAGUUGCAUCCUCUGAUGCAACCAAUAUAGAAUGCUCCAUUAGAAGAGAAGGAGACUCGUACAUUAUCAAUGGGACGAAAUGGUGGACGAGCGGAGCUAUGGAUCCCAGGUGUAAAGUUCUCAUCGUCAUGGGUAAAACAGACUUUGGCGCAGCCAUUCAUAAACAGCAGUCCAUGAUAUUGGUAGACAUGCAUACUCCAGGCGUACAAGUGAAGAGACCGCUCGUGGUGUUCGGCUUCGAUGAUGCACCUCAUGGACACGCUGAAAUCACAUUCGAGAAUGUGAGAGUCCCCGCAGAAAACAUCCUACUGGGAGAAGGACGUGGGUUCGAGAUUGCUCAGGGGAGGCUCGGUCCAGGAAGGCUGCAUCACUGCAUGAGAUUGAUAGGGGCUGCCGAGCGCGGAAUGCAGCUGAUGGUCCAGAGAGCUCUGGCCCGAAAAGCGUUCGGGAAGCUCAUUGCUCAGCAUGGUUCAUUCCAAGCAGACGCUGCACAUUGCCGGAUCGAGCUGGAGAAAACCAGACUGUUGGUCUUGGAGGCAGCUGACCAGCUUGAUCGCUUGGGGAACAAGAAAGCUCGAGGGACAAUCGCCAUGGCUAAGGUGGCAGCUCCCAAUAUGGCGCUGGUGGUACUGGACCGGGCGAUGCAAGUGCAUGGCGGGAUGGGCCUAUCAUCGGACACGGUUCUGGCGCAUCUUUGGGCCACAGCCCGGACGUUGAGAAUUGCUGAUGGGCCGGAUGAAGUGCACUUGGGCACCAUCGCCAAGUUGGAAUUACGGAGAGCUAAGCUUUGAGAGAUCGUAUUGAAAUUUGGACCACUUGAUUAAUAAUAAUCAUCACAAUAAUUUAUAAUUAUUAUAGUAAGAGAUUAAAGCCAUUGUUACUUUUGGUCCCCUCUCCUUCGAUUUCAAUAAAGCGACAUACUGAACUAAUAGAUACUGUAGAUAGUGUGUGGUAAUGUUGUUGUACUUGUACCUUCAGCAAAAGAGUAAUAAUAAUCUGUUUUAGAGCAAUCUCUUGCUACCUAAGAUUUAAUAAAUUCCACAAAUUUCCAUUUCAUCAUUAUCAUCAAAAAUAAAAUUUUAAGUUCUUCUAAGCUAAAAAUAAUAAAGAGAUAUAUAAUCAUCACAGACACUCCAAUCUACAACCUGCAGACCCAAAUUAAUAUAAUUUUGAGUGUUUAACCAAUGAGAUAAAUUCUAUCUGAUGUUAUGAACCACAACAAGAUUACUACUCAUUUCAUAAAACAGUUUAACACCUGACCUUUAAAUGUGAUCUUUUACUUUACCGGUUAACCCUCUACUCAAUCAUAAUAACAUUUGUCAAAAUUGGACAUAAAUUAAAGCAACGAAAAUAAAUAUUAUAUUUUGUAUCUAUCAUAUAAAAUUAUGAAUAAAUAAAAAUAACUUAUGUUUAAGUUUUUUUUAUGAUAUGCUCAAUAGAAAUUAAAAAUGUUUGAACAAAACCAUAAAUGAAAAAUAAAAUUGAAAUUCAAUUACUAUCCAAAUUCCAACACUUGGUAUGUUCAUUUAAGGUUGAAAAAUAUGAUAAAUCAAAGUACAACCUUUUUUUUGUUAUAUCACACCGACAAUGUAGUAUUUUUCAGUACUACUAUAAAUAUGUUUAAUAAUGCACUCAUAUAUAGUUAUAUACUAAAGAUAACAAUUUUUUUAUGUGUGUACUGCAUUAGUUAUUAAUAAUGUUAUGAAUUCAAAAUGCUAACAUGCUAAGUAAAAUAUAUUAUCACAAUCACGUAACAUGUUCCUACACCAUAAAUUAUUAAAAUAUACAUACUUAGUUCACUCAUAUGCCACCAUAAUGUACGGUAAUUCCUACACCAUAACAUAACUAAAAUAUAUCGACAGAGAAAUUUUACAAUGCUAUAUAGUAUUGGUGCUAUAGGUUUUUACCUUUAUGGUACAACUUAAAAUUGUACAUUUAUGUUAUGGUACAACUUCAGAUUGUACCUAUACUUUUUGUACAAAUUCUAUUAUGGUACAACUUGAACUUGUACCUUUAUGUGAUGGUACAACUUCAAGUUGUAAAGUUGUACCAUAACAUAAUGGUACAAAUUGUUUUAUGGUACAACCUAAACUUACACAUUUAAUGUUAUGGUACAACUUUAAGUUGUACAUUAAAGCACCAAUACUAUAUAGCAUAGUAGAAGUGCUCAUAUCGACAUACUAUUUUUUUAAAAACAUAUCAUUGCAAAUGUCAUUUUUUAGAAUAUACAUGUUUGAUUUUUUACCUAAAAAAAAUAUGGAAACCAAGUUCAAAUGAAUAAGACAUAGUACGUUAAAAUUAAUGUAUGAAUGGUUAUGCAUUUGUAUUUAAUUUUAAGGUUAUGCACAUAAAGUUCUAGACAAGUUUCACAACCAUUACCUUUUGUUUUUUAAAAAGGUAAUGUCUAUUUUUUAUUCAAAUCUUUUUUAGAUUCUUUCAUAUUAUCCAAACUUAUCGAAAUACUAAAAAUUAGCCAAAUGUUAACUUCCAGUUAGCAAUUUUGCUAGUAAUAUUGACUUGGCAACAUGAUACUAACUUGCAAAAGACACAUGAAGGUCAACAUCUUAAAAUUUCAGUAUUUUAAUUAAUAAAGAGUUACAAAAUUAUUAACGAUAAACUUAAAAAUGGCUAAUAUUUUGAUGCAUUAUGAAAGAUUUGGUUAAUUAAUAGCAUUUUAAUAGGUUUGGAUAAUAUAAAAGAAUCUGAAAAAGAUUUGGAUAAAAAAUAGACAUUACCCUUUAAAAAAUAAUGAACUGGGCUUCGGUUA